AGAUGGAGGGUGAAAGACAAGGAAAAAGGAGUGAGUGAGUGGUUGAGUAGAGGGAGGAGAAAGCAAACGCUGCCUUCGCUGUGCAUGCUGGGUAAUUUGUUUCUCUUCAGUGAACAGCGUGUCGUCCAUUUGUCUGUCGUUUUGGAUCCCAACCUACGUCUAGAUAAUGGAUUGUAAGAUUUACGUUGGAGACCUACCGAGAGAUGCGUCCGAGAAGGAAAUUGAACGGGCAUUCUGCUACUAUGGCCCGCUGAGGAACGUCUGGGUUGCUCGCAACCCUUCUGGUUUUGCCUUUGUGGAGUUUGAAGAUCCCAGGGAUGCAGAAGAUGCUGUCCGAGCCCUUGAUGGAACAAAUGUUUGCGGUGCCAGGGUCAGAGUGGAACACUCAACAGGGAAAGUUCGUCCGAAACCCUGGAUGAGAGGUGGUCGCGGAUCAUCGAAGACUAGGAGACCAUUCCAUCCUGAAGACAGAUGCUUUGAAUGUGGCGACAGGGGGCACUACGCCUACGACUGCUCUCGGUACAAGCGUACCGGACGAUCUAGGUACUCGAAGCGGCACUCCAAAUCCCGCUCUCGUUCGCGGUCCGGAAGGAGUUACUCCCGCAGCUGGAGUCGCAGUCGGAGUCAUAGCCGCUCCCCCCGGAGGGCCAGCAGAAGCCACAGCAGGAAUUAAAACUUUAUUAGAAGUCAGUCUUAAAUCUUUUCCACAUAGAUGUUGGUAUAUAUAUAACAUUAUACAUUACAUAAAUGUGUGUGUGUGUGUGUGUGUACAACAUUAUAUAUAUAUAUAUAUAUAUAUAAUGUCCAUAUACCCACGCAUAUACACAGAGAAGAAAGAAGGGGAGUUAGCUGCCUGCUUAUAUUUGUACUGAUGAUAAUGAAAAUUACAAUAAUUAUUAUUUUCUCCCUUCCAACAUUCUUGCCUCCUGUUUUCAUUUCUUCCUUAUUUCUCUUCCUCCUCCUCCGACCACAACCUCUGACCUCUUGCUGCUUCACCUUACCAUAUAUAGACACACUCGUGCACAUACACGCAAUCUGCCAAAUUCCUGUUGUGUUGGGGGCAGUGCUGCUAUGGUCCCUUUCUUUCCCUAUUGGCUUGGUGUAAUAUAUUUUCUUUCAGUUAGGUUUAGUAAAGUUGUCCUGGAAGAAUAUGGGGCUGGAGAGGGGCAUCUUCAAAAUUGUGUGUGUGUGUGUAUCUCUAUAAAAAUAUAUACAAGCUGGGCCAAAGGUCAUGCACCAAGAUUAAAACUCUAAUACAUAUUGCACAUUUCAAAAACAACCCUUUAUAUUUAAUACCAAAGCAAA